GUCUGCCAUGAGACCAAGACAAAGAAGAGUUCCUUCCUGGGCGAGCAAAUACAAAGGAACUGAAAAGAAGUUUCCACAACUUGACAGGAUAAAAUACUUUAAACACGGCAGCGAGGUCCCCUAUGAAGUGUGUGUGGAGCUAGAGGCUGACAUUUUUGCAGACCCACCAAACACCUCCAGGGAAAAUGUCCAGAACACUGAAGUGCAGGAGUUCAAAUUCAAGGUCGAGAUGGAGAAGGAGAUGCCACUACCCAGGGCUGAAGACUUCCAGAGAAGUGAUUCAAGAUAUCCAAUCCACCAAGAAGAGGAAGCUGGAGGAGAAGAUUACACUCUGCCCAACCUGGUCACCAAGAACUUCUGUGAUCCUCAGGAUUUCUCUGAAGAAAAGAGCUCCCAGUCCAAGAAGCGGCUUCUACUAGAUUCCUCAGGGAUCUCAGGCAGGACCAAGAGACCUUGUCCACAGGGCAGUCUUGGCCCCACUUUGUGCUACCACCAGAAGUGCUGUGAACUGGUCUUGCUGCAUGAGGAAGUCAAGGAAUUGCACACUAGAAUAGAUGCUAUGACCAUUGCCAUGAAUGCUUUGCAACAGUACAUCCAAGCCAUGCAUCAGCUCCUGGAAAUCCAGGUAAAGAGAUGUAGUAGUUCGAAGGAAAAUUGCAAUCAGAGCAAAGCCACCAGGGACCAACCAGUCCUCUCCUUCCCAUUUCCAGCACACAGCACCCCCUUUAAAAGCACUCUAUGCUCCACUUCCUCAGCCAGACCCUGUCAAGAAAGAGCCCACAGACCCUGUCACAAUUCUGCCUCGUAAAAUGGCUGAAGCAACUGGGAAGCGGUGUGCACCCUACCCCGAUUCCCAGAGAUUCACGCUAUGUCCUCAAAUGACACUACACCUGCAUGGACAAGAAGUGGCCACUCUGAGGGAAACACUUCAUUCUCAGAGACCGAUGAUGAAGAUUGUUAACUUAUUACUGACCCAGUGGUGACAGACUAGCCAUGCACCAGGAGACACACCCCCUUUUGUAAUUUGUAAUUUCUUAUCAGUAACUCUCCAUAUCUGUUAGAAAGGUUGUCUUUGGUUUUAUUUUCUUCUAGUGAGAUUAGUAGUGUGGGGAGGAGAGAAUUUGGACAUUUCACUUUGAGAAGCAAAAUGUAAAGAACUUAAUAAAUAUCAGCUUCUUUGCUUGUAACACCCAAUGGCUUUGCUGCUGUUGUUAUUUCCAGCAUACUGUUCUUGUGCUUCAGAUUCCCUUGAGAUCAAGAUCUACUGCAUCAUUAUGCUUUGCAUCCAGUUCCUGACUGGAACACAUCCCACAGACACCCACUGGCCAGUGGCUUGGGGAGAGAAGUUUUGAGUAAAGGGAGCUAGAGCUGACCCUUCAGAAGCACCUUCCCCUUCUGCCAGAGUUCUUUUCUCAAUAUCUCCGAGGCCAUCAUAUAUUUAGCUUCUGUACCACUAUCGCAGAUGGUUAAAGAGAAGUUAAAACUCUCCCUCUCCCCAUUUAGGAGGAAGCGAGAUGGCACAGUGGAUAGAGUGCCAGGUCUGAAGUCAGUAGGAACUGGGUUCAAAUCUGACCUCAGACACUUCCUAGCUGUGUGAUCCUUGGCAAGUCACUUAACCCUGUCACCUAGCCCUUGCCCUUCUGUCUUAGAGGUGUUAUUAAGCCAGGAAGUAAGGGUUAAAAAAACCAGAACAGCUCUCCCCUUUUGAUGAUGUGAAUCUUAAAAUUUCUCAGACUCUACCUUAGAUGGUUAUGGUUAAGGUUAUUCCCCAUUUAAACAAUGGAAGUACUUGAUCAGAAACUAUUGAGAACUUAAACUUACUCCACCCAUAUUUAGGCAUACCUUAAGGGGAAGAUAAAGUUGUAACACUCUUUACUGAACAAUCAAUGAAAAGUACUUAACCCAUACUUAUAGUGAGGCAAAAGCCCUUAAGCUGGGUCUAUUUUUAGAAAACACAAAAGGGUGCUAAGUACCUAUGAAGGUCAAAUUAAUCACUAAAAGGGCAAGUUUAGCAAAGAGAUGUGAAAUACUCAGAAGUUUUAGUCUACCCAGAGAAGGUGAUAACAAGAUGUGAAUUAAGAAUGGUCAGUCCUGUGAAAACCUCUACUGUGAUUGGUAGAUGUGAAAACUUAGGGGAGGUGACAUAGGAGAAAAUUCUCUUUGAAAGGAGG